AUGUCAUUGAGCAAUUUGUUCACUAAAGGUUGCUUGGCUGCAAUUGUCCUUGUCCUUAUUGGGCUGUUGAUGUGCAAUGUCCAAAUGACAGGGGAAUAUUCUAAUAUUGGAGUAUGUUAUGGAAAACUUGCCAACAUUUUACCAACAGAUCAAGAUGUCACAAAUCUAUACAAGGCCAAUGGGAUCAGAAAGAUGAGAAUCUGCUAUCCAGAUACAAUCAUCUUCAAUGCUCUCGAAGGAAGUAACAUUGAAAUAAUUCUUGAUGUCCCAAAUCAAGAUCUUGAAGCACUAACCAAAUCUUUAAAAAAAAAAAGUGCUAAUGGUUGGAUUCAAGAUAAUAUAAGAAGUAAUUUCCCUGAUUUUAAAUUCAAAUAUAUAUAUAUAUAUAUAUAUAUAGGAAAUGAAGUCUCUCCAGCUACAACUAAUGGUCAAUUUUCACAAUUUGUUCUUCCCGCGAUGAAAAAUGUUUAUAACGUGUUAUCAACAGCAGGAUUACAAUAUAAGAUCAAGGUUUCAACCACGACAUAUUCAGGGCUCUUAGCCAAUAUCUACCCACCAAAAGAUAGUAUUUUUCGCGAAGAAUUUAAGGGUUUUAUUAAUCCAAUAAUUGAAUUCCUAGCACAAAAUAACCUUCCAAUCUUAGCCAAUAUUUACCCUUAUUUUGUCCAUAUUUAUAACACGAUUGAUAUCCCGCUUUCUUAUGCACUUUUCAAUCAAGAAGGAACAAAUUCAAUAGGAUAUCAAAAUCUUUUCGAUGCCCUUUUGGAUUCUAUAUAUUUUGCUAUAGACAAAGCUGGAGGACCAAAUGUGGAGAUCGUUGUAUCGAAAAGUGGUUGGCCUUCGGAAGGGAACCCUUCAGCAACGAUCGAAAAUGCUCAAAUUUAUUAUAGGAAUUUGGUUUCUCAUGUAAAAGGCGGAGUUGGAACUCCAAAGAAACCAGCAAGGAUUAUAGAAACUUGUUUGUUUUCUAUGUUUGAUGAAAAUCAAAAGCAGGGAGAAGUCACAGAGAAUCACUUUGGACUCUUCUAUCCAAAUCAGACUGCAAAAUAUGAUCUCAAAUUUAUGUAUAGUGAUAAUUAA